ACUCGAGGUCGAGUCGGAGGAGCACGGGAGGAGGAGGAGUAGUAGGUUAGGGUUUAUGGGACUCGCGGGAGAGCUUGUUCCUCGGGCGGGCAUCGAGAACCUGGCCGGGCAAUUGGCGAGGCCUGUCGGUAGAUCGGAUCGCGAAUAGAAAUGUUGUAUGGAUCUCGACGGGAGCUUCGGAGUGGGCCAGUUCUGGUCCGUGUGAGCUGAAUAUGGAAUGUGAACAAGUGGAGAGGGAGUGGAGAAAGAGGAGGAGGAGGGGCGAAUGUCGCGGAAGGUUUAAGGGCCGGACGGAUUAGAGAGACGAGGCUGGGCUGGUGACGAUCGAUUUCUCGCUUUGGUACAGGCUCUGGUGGUUGUGGUUAUGAGGUCGAUCUUUGAAUGGCGGUCCGUAUGAUGUAGGAGCUGGACGAUGGAGUGUCAGGACCAGUAGCGUAGGUUUGAGCCGGAGAAUUCGACCGACAAUUUUUUGUUCACGAUCUGGACCUUCCAGAGACUUGAGAAGCGAUGGAAGAUCGGGGAGGAUUGGAGCUGGGGCAGCAGAAGAUCACUCAGUUGCGAGCCAACAUGAGGUCUUUGAGAGAGCGAGUCAGAGCAAGGUUUCGCGUUGCGUGCGUUCCUAAGAGCUUGUUCCGGCAGUCGCAGAGACAAACGGGUGUUGGCUGGAGGGCCACCGCCACUGGACUGGUAGUUGCGCGUGUUUUCCAGGGGAACAUUGUCUUGGCUCGCGUCGCCAAGAGUAUGGCACAGAACGAAUGGCAAAGGCGGAUGAGAAGGCUUGGUAAUCUGUUGCCUGAUUUCCGUAUCUUUGCAGGCUCAGUCUCUACGGCUUCUGUAGCUCAAUCACAGGCGUCAUGUUCUGAUGUCCUCGUUACAUCUCUGGACUCGCGUAAUUCGAAUUCAAAACUGCAGGCAGAGUACGGCGACUAUGAAGUUUCGCUAUCUCUCUAUGGAGGCCUUCCUAAUUAUGAAGCCUCAAUCCUCACGCCCGGAGUUGUAACAGAAGUGGCGGAAGAUUCUCGACUCUUACGCUUGAUGCAGGCCCUUGCGAUCCCCCUUAUUGGAAAUGCAUGUCACAUAUUCAUGCAUGGAUUCAACUCCACUGAGGUUUAUGGUGCCGAGAAGAUGCAGAAUGCUGUAUUCAAUCGAGCACCGGGUCAGCCAUUGAUCACGGUUAGCAAUCAUGCAGCUGCAGUGGACGAUCCUUUUGUGAUCUCGUCUAUACUCGCACCCCACAAGUUGCUGAAUUCCAAACAUCUGAGAUGGACUUUAUGUGCGUCCGAUAAAUGCUUUGGGAACGCCGCAACAUCUGCCUUUUUCCGAAGUGUGAAAGUUUUGCCACUGACGAAGGGACACGGAGUAUUUCAGGAGGGUAUGGAAGUAGCACUUUCUAAGCUGAACCGUGGAGACUGGGUUCAUAUCUUUCCAGAGGGAAGCCGUUCUCGGGACGGAAAUCUUGCUCUUUUUAAAAGAGGGGUAGGCAGACUCGUUCUUGAUGCCAAGAGUUUGCCGUUGGUGGUACCUUUCAUCCAUUCUGGCAUGGAAGACGUCAUGCCUAUUGGCCAGAAGCACUUUUCGAUGGGCAAGAAGGUCACCGUCAUUGUUGGCGAUCCAAUUGAGUUAGACGACUUGGUACAGAAGCACAGUGAGGAGGGCCUGCCCAAAGCUGUGUUGUAUGAUGCAAUAGCUUUGCGCAUUGAGAAGAGGAUGUGGACUAUGAAGAAAGAGCUGGACGAGCUUGUUGCUACCAACAGAAGUCGGGAUUCAAGGAUGAAAGUGCAUAUGGUCGAAAACGUAGAUGGUAUUUGGCAGUAUGUGGACUGGGAAGCUCAGGGUUUCCUUUCCAACGAGUCGGAUUCAGAACGAAGAAGCAGGUUUUCUAUGAGUGGGGUUACUCAAGGCACAUCUGUGAAAUUUUCCGACGUGACCCAUCGUACCGAAGAAGAUAUAGAAGCAAACAAAUUGGAACCUGAGCCAGUGAAUACCAAGCAUUAUCCCGAAAGCGAAAGUGAAGUUACUCUCACAGAUAUUUAUCAUGGAGCGGUGAAGAGGAUACAAGGCCACAUGGAUCCAUCCAUGUUGAUGGGCUUUGCCGCCAGAAGUUUUCUGAGAUACGGCCCUCGAUUCCAGGAUGUGGAGGACAGUCGAAGUUGGAAAUGUUGGAGAAGAUUAGGUCUCGCAGUAGACAGGGCUUUGUACAGUAGUUGAUUAGCAGCGAGAGGAUUUGUCGAAGUUUUGUUCGGAAGAGUGUUGGUGUGUUACUAGCCUGACCAGCAUACAGAAGUCAACAGCCCUUUCUGGAAAAUAGAAUUAGUGUGUACAUACUAGAUCACAAUCAUUGCUCUCUAAUCUUAACCUUGGUAGACUGGAAAGAUAACGCAAUCAACUUGGUUUUAAUUUUUUUGUGAUUCUUUUGUGAAUUCUGUUCAAUUCUGUCCGAUAUUAUGUUGAAUAAGCAAAUAUGCAACAUUCCC